ACUAAUUUAUUUUCUUUGCUGAAGGAGGGCGACAAAGACAUCAAAUCAGUUAUCCGCGAACUAUCUGAAAUGAAAUAUGAAAUGCAAACCGAUAAACCACUUCGGGAUCUAAAUGAUCAAGGUGAAAAUCAUGACAUGUGGAAUACUGAACUGGAUAGUAUGCGAAAAAAGGAGGUAACGUGGUACAAAGCAGCUUGGCUUUUUGUCGAAUGUUAUUUAUAUAGAAGAAUAGCUGGAUCGUUUGUCAAAACAUCUACUUUAACUCGCUUUGAUCCAUUUACAACUCAAAAGCAAAAUAUCACUUUGUGGGGAAACAAGUGUGAUCUCUCGCUUAGUGGCGGGACCAGCGUAGGUCGUUUGGGAUCGCCUCUGGAGUUGGUCGAUCAACUUGUUGCAAAAAUUCUUGUAAAUGACAUUGACGAGGCUGUGAAACUGAUAAAUGCUGCUGAUCCAAGAAGAAUUGACAUUGCGCUUGAUAAUGCUGGUCUUGAGCUUUUUGAAGAUCUCCUGUUUGGAGAUUUUUUAAUUCAGAGUAAGAAAGUGGAUAAAGUGAUCUUUCACGGGAAGUCCAUUCCUUGGUUUGUUUCCGAUGUUACUAAUAACGACUUUUUCUGGUUGACGGAGAUGCUUCUUCAAAGCCAUUGCGAAGAGGUGAAAAGUCUCUGCCUGCGUUGGAAAGAACAUUUGGAAGCUGGCGCUUUCAAAUUUCAAGCUCACUCUUUUUGGACUACGCCGUUCGAUUACUCAUUAAUGUCAAAGUAUGCGCCCGAAUUAUAUGAAGAUCUUUCGUUAUCCUCCUUGAUAGUGUUCAAAGGCGAUCUUCACUACAGAAAACUCACUGGUGAUCGCUCUUGGCCUUUAGACUUUUCAUUUACAGAAGCUUUGAGAGGUUUCCACCCUGCCCCUCUCUUGGCUUUGCGAACUCUUAAAGCGGAAACACAGGUCGGUUUGAGGAGGGAAGUAAUCGAACGUAUGCAGAAGGACUAUAACGGAAAGAAGGAAUGGAUGGUUACUGGUGAAUAUGCCGUAGCGCAGUUAAGCAAGUAG